GCCAUUGUUUCUGAAGGAGAAGAAGACGAAGAUGGACCCAAGAGAUGAAUUCGACAGCUUCUUACAGAGACUGAAAAAUCAGGGUUUCCUCGAUGAUCAAUUCGAUAUUCUGCUCAUAAUCCAGAAAGAUAUUGGAAACCCUCGUUAUUUUCUCGAUGUUCUCUCUAUGUUCUACCAAAGUGUCGACCAAUCCAUCGAAGAGUUGGUGCAAAACCUCAAUGGAGGGACUCCGGAUUUUCAUAGCAUGAGGAUCACUGUCCACCGCAUCACUGGCUCGAACGCUAGUAUUGGAGGUAUCAAGGUGGAAGCAGCUUGUCGUGAAUUACUACAAGCCAUCAAAGAAACGGAUGCAGAAAGAUGUUUGACAUUUUUAGAGAAAGUGAAGAUGGAGUACAUCAACCUUCGUGCAAAUCUCGAUAUCCUUGCCCAUAUGCGAAGGAAAAUCCUCGGAGAGAUCUAAGGUGAAAGGAGAAGGGCAAGGGAAUGGGAUCCAACAGACAAGAAAACUAUUAUAUUAAGGUUGCAUGGAUGAUUGUUAGCUCGUCAUAUAUCUCUGUGUAAGCCUUAUCUAUAUAUACAUAUAUGAGUUGGAAAUGUUCCGUUGACGA